UGGAUGAUUGCCAGCUUUUAUUCUGAGAGGAAGAUGUGCAAAAAGGUUUAGCCAAAUAAUUUUAAAAUAAAUAAACUGCAUCAGUGGCUUUCUCCACCUUUCUCUGCUAUCUAGCAAGCAGAGUGUCAGAGAGUCAGUGAGGACGUGAGGAUGGGACUCACUUUAGUUUGUGUGGCGGAGCUUUUCUUGAUGAAUAUUCUCCUCUACUGUGGACACGCUCAAGAUAUUUGGCUGUCCACUGAUCCAAACAGGUCCACUUUCUUUACUGGAGAGUCUGUUACCUUCACAUGUGACGUGAGGACAGGAGAAGAGACUGGCUGGUUGUACUCAUUCAGGAAGAAUGGCGUUAAUUUUCUCUUCUACGGCACAGACAAGAUAAUUAGAUCACCACCUGUAACUCCAGGCUUCACUGGGGAAUAUCAGUGUUAUGCAACUCACAAGAGAUCACCAGCUGUUUUAGAAAGUAAUAAAGUGUCUCUAACUGUAACAGAUAAACCCAAGCCGGUCCUCACUGUGUCUCCAUUGUGGCCGAGUCCUGGAGACUCAGUGACUCUGACCUGCAGGGUUGAACAUCCAUCUGCAGGAUGGAGGUUCUUCUGGUACCAGGUUGUUCCCAAACUGGAGUCCUACAGCUAUGAGCUGCUACCUGGUAGCUCCACUGGGACUGAAGAGGACUCCUUUAUUGUUCAUGGACAGACGCACACAGCAGGAUAUGUGUGCAGAGCUGAAAGAGGAGAUCCAGUGUUCUACUCUUCGUAUAGUGAACCUCAGUUCAUCUGGUCUGGAGAUUUCCAUCCAGCAGCGUCUCUCACAGUGAGACCUCCCAGAAUGCAGUUCUUCAGCAAAGAUUCACUGUCACUGAGCUGUGAGGGAAACUCUACUGAGUGGAGAGUGAGAAGGUUAAGUAAAUACCUGACAUGCUGUUCUUCUUGGGGAACCAUGACUGGAUCUACAUGCAGCAUCAACUCUAAUGGGAUUAGUGGAGUGUACUGGUGUGAGUCUGAAACAGGACAGUUCAGCAAUGCAGCCAACAUCACUGUACAGAGCGGUGAUGUCAUCCUGGUGAGCUCUGUCCAUCCUGUGACUGAGGGACAUUCUGUCACUCUCAGCUGCAGGUUGAGGUCAGAAAAGGUUCUUUAUAACGUGGAUUUCUAUAAAAAUGGCAAACUCAUCUCAAAUGAUGCCAACGGGGAGCUGUUUAUCUCUGAAGUUACAAAGUCAGAUGAAGGUUUUUAUAAAUGUGAAGGAAGAGAUUCACCACAAGGUUUCAGGAGUUUGACGUCACCAGAGAGUUGGUUGUCAGUUAAAUCUGCAACAACAAGCUCUCCAGUUCCCGUGCUGUUGGUUGUUGGUCUGGUUUGUGGAGUUUCACUGAUUAUUCUGCUGCUGCUGGUUCUGUAUUGCUACAGAAAGUCAAAAGAUUCACGCCUCGUGAGGUCUCAGAGCACCAAUCAGAGCCCAGCUACAGACCACGUGACCAACCAGGUUGAAACUCAAAACAAUGCAUAUGCCUCUCUUCUCCAUGGUGAUUCUUGUCUCUAUGAAACAAUCAGAGGCUCUGAAGAACCUGGACAUGGGAACAAUAAUGAACCAGAGGAGAGCGUUUACUCCAAUGUGACGAUGGGAACAGCUGCAGCUUUAUGGAAAAGGGGAGGAAGUUUAACUGAAGAAGAAGGUGGAGAAAACGUCCAAUCCAAUGCUGCAGUUUCAAACUUUGCUCAAAGUGUAAAAGCUACAAAAGCUUCUCAGAAGCAGAGCGGAGUGAGGAUGGGACUCACUUUGUGUUGUGUGCUGGGGCUUUUCUUGAUGAAUAUUCUCCUCGACUGUGGACACGCUCGAGGUUUUUAUACAACUUCCUUUCUUAUUAAAUCUUCACUCAAGACAAUUCUCCACUUAUUGCCACUCUUUUUACACAUUAUAUAUAUUUGGCUGUCCGUUGACCCGAACAGGUCCACUUUCUUUACUGGAGAGUAUGUGACCUUCGUAUGUGACCUGGGGAGAGGAGAAAACCCUGACUGGUAUUACUCCAUCAGCCUGGAUGGAAAAAGAUCUCCCCCCAACAGCCCGAAGAAGAGACUUAAAUCACAAUCUCUAACUUCACGCCACAGUGGUGGAUAUCAGUGUAUCGCGGCUCACAAGAGCUCACCAGCUGUUAUCAUAGAAAGUAAUACAAUCUCUAUAACUGUAACAGAGCGACCAAAGGCCCGACUGAGCAAAGGUUCUCCUGUAGGGGGCAGUGUGUCCCUGACCUGCUCUGUGAGUUCAUCAUCACCAUCUUCAUCUGGUUGGAAAUACUUCUGGUACAGAGGCAAGAAAACCUCUGAACCCCUGAUCACACGAGAUGAUGUUCUCCUCACAAACGGACGAAUCGGUGUCUCACAAGGAGGAGGAGGAGGAGGAGGAGAAGGAGGAGGAGAAGGAGGAGGAGGACGAGAAGGAGGAGGAGAAGGAGGAGAAGGAGAAGGAGGAGGAGGAGGACGAGGACGAGGACGAGAAGGAGGAGGAGAAGGAGUCUACUGGUGCAGAGGAGGAAGUGGAGACCCAGUUUACUACACAGAGUACAGCACACCAGCCGUCACUCACAGAGCUGUUGUGACUCUGCAGCCCGACUGGCCUGUGAUUUACUCCGGAGAGACCAUCACUCUCACCUGUGACAUAAAGGACGGAGGAGAAGCUGAGUGGGAGUAUCGAUGGGAAACAUCCAGCUCACCUCGAAACCCAAGUGGCCCCAUGAUCAGACCAUCACACAGUGGAGACUACUGGUGUAGGGGCAGACUGAACCAUGAAACCUCUUCAUCAGAGUGGAGUGAUACUUUCACAUUAAGAAUAUCUCCCAAUAAACCCAAGCCGGUCCUCACUGUGUCUCCAUUGUGGCCGAGUCCUGGAGACUCAGUGACUCUGACCUGCAGGGUUGAACAUCCAUCUGCAGGAUGGAGGUUCUUCUGGUACCAGGUUGUUCCCAAACUGGAGUCCUACAGCUAUGAGCUGCUACCUGGUAGCUCCACUGGGACUGAAGAGGACUCCUUCAUUGUUCAUGGACAGACGCACACAGCAGGAUAUGUGUGCAGAGCUGGAAGAGGAGAUCCAGUGUUCUACUCUUCGUAUAGUGAACCUCAGUUCAUCUGGUCUGGAGAUUUCCAUCCAGCAGCGUCUCUCACAGUGAGUCCUCCCAGAAUGCAGUUCUUCAGCAAAGAUUCACUGUCACUGAGCUGUGAGGGAAACUCUACUGAGUGGAGAGUGAGAAGGUUUAUUAAAUAUAACCACCUGGCAUAUUGUUCUUCCUGGGGAACCAUGACUGGAUCUACAUGCAGCAUCAACUCUAAUGGGAUUAGUGGAGUGUACUGGUGUGAGUCUGAAACAGGACAGUUCAGCAAUGCAGCCAACAUCACUGUACAGAGCGGUGAUGUCAUCCUGGUGAGCUCUGUCCAUCCUGUGACUGAGGGACAUUCUGUCACUCUCAGCUGCAGGUUGAGGACAGAAAAGGUUCUUUAUAACGUGGAUUUCUAUAAAAAUGAAAAACUCAUCUCAAAUGAUGCCAGCGGGGAGCUGUUUAUCUCUGAAGUUACAAAGUCAGAUGAAGGUUUUUAUAAAUGUGAAGGAAGAGAUUCACCACAAGGUUUCAGGAGUUUGACGUCACCAGAGAGUUGGUUGUCAGUUAAAUCUGCAACAACAAGCUCUCCAGUUCCCGUGCUGUUGGUUGUUGGUCUGGUUUGUGGAGUUUCACUGAUUAUUCUGCUGCUGCUGGUUCUGUAUUGCUACAGAAAGUCAAAAGAUUCACGCCUCGUGAGGUCUCAGAGCACCAAUCAGAGCCCAGCUACAGACCAGGUGACCAACCAGGUUGAAACUCAAGAAAGAGAAUAUGCCUCUCUUCUCCAUGGUGAUUCUUGUCUCUAUGAAACAAUCAGAGGCUCUGAAGAACCUGGACAUGGGAACAAUAAUGAACCAGAGGAGAGCGUUUACUCCAAUGUGACGAUGGGAACAGCUGCAGGUCAAUAACACAUCUUUAUGGACAGAACCAGAGAAUGGAUGACAACAUGAAAAAACACAUCCUGGUCUUUUUUAUAAUUAUUGUGUGAACAACUUCUUUCCUUCAAUAAGACAGUAUUUUGUACAGUUAACCUAUUAGCACAUCAUUUAAAUAAAAUACAUCAUAUGGCUUUAAUAUAUUAAUAUUGUUACUUGGUGAAAUGUCUUCACUUUAUUACAUAUAAAUCAAAUGUUAGGAUUGAGUGUUUUGUAAAUACAGUUUUCUUCUCUCUUCUGGUACAUUAAUGUAACACACACGUGUUACCGCGGGUGGUAUCUCCCUAGCACAGAGACACUAGAGACAGGAGCUAGUUAAUUGUUUUUAUUAAUUCCAGGCGGAUGCGGUCUCCGUCGUGCUUGCCGCUGAUCUGCUCCCGUGGACAGCAGCGUCGGUCCGGCGU